AUGUCGCCAAUUCUCCGCCUCUCGGCGACACAACAGCUGACACGCUGCGCGCGUCAGUCUCUCACCACGGCCUUGCGCCCGGCCUACCGAGCUGCCCGUCUCCCCCGCGUCGCACCAGAGAGCUUCUCCAAACCCGGCCCUAGAUUCUACUCAACCAAGCGGCCGCUGAAGCAGCCCGGCAGCGACGGAACCCCCGCGGGAAAGAAUGCGAAGACAGACUCCAAGCCUCCCCCACCCCCAAAGGCCUCGCCAGACAAGACGCCCGCUGCCGAUAAACAACCAGAGGACCUCCCCCCGCUGCCGUCAGGAUGGGUCCGCCUGGAGGUUGAAGAGCUCGCCGAAUUAGAGAAAGUUUCCAAGCGAUUCACCUCCCCCCAACGAGAAAUAGUGGAAGAAAUAGUCCAGAGCGUUGCGAUUAUUGGAGCGCCACAAGAGCUCCGCGACUUGCUGACCAAAGGAAAAGCCGGAGAGUUGGGUAUCGUCGAUGGGGUCAGGCUCCUCCGGACAUCGACCCAGAUAGCAAAACGAAUCGCCGAGUAUAGGCACAAGCAUCCUGAGAAAUUCGAAAAGUUCAACCACCUUGACGAGCCACUAGAGGGUGCUCCCCGCCAGGGCCAGGAGCGCCAACAAGAGCAGGGUGGUGGCGAGGGCGAGGGCGAGGGACAACAGCGCCGAGCGGAUGGCAAAGGUGGCAAGAAUGAAGAGCCGCCCAGGUUCAAGUGGCCUGAACCGUCCGACAUAGCUACUUGGGCUAUCGUGAUGAUGGUGCUGUUCCCAAUGUUCCGCGUUCUCUUCCCUAGCUCCGAGUCUCGCGAGAUCACCUGGCAGGAGCUGCGCAAGAAUUUCCUGGACAGGGGGCUCGUGCACAAGAUGGUAGUGUUUGGGAAUCGUGUUAGGGUAGAGCUCGACCGCGAGGCUCUCCAGGGCGUAUACCCCGACUCGCCCGCAAACAGCCCCAACUUCAGCUACUACUUCUCCAUCGGAUCUGUUGAUGCCUUUGAGAGGAGGCUAGAUCAGGCCCAACAGGAGCUCGGCAUCCCACCCUCGGAGAGAAUACCUGUUAGCUAUGAGAGUGAAGGCAUGUUGGGCAACAUGCUGUUUGCCUUCGGGCCGACGCUCCUCCUUUUCGGCCUGAUUGCAUGGGCCUCGCGUAGGGCCUCGGGAAUGGGCAGCGGCUCUAGCGGCAUGUUUGGGUUCGGCAAGAGCAAGGCCAAGAUGUUCAACCACGACUCGGCCGUCAAGGUCAAGUUUGCCGACGUGGCUGGCAUGGACGAAGCCAAGGUCGAGAUCAUGGAGUUUGUCAGCUUCCUGAGAACCCCCGAGCGCUUCCAGAGACUAGGCGCCAAGAUACCCCGUGGCGCAAUCUUGUCGGGCCCUCCCGGCACGGGCAAGACGCUCCUUGCCAAGGCCACGGCGGGCGAGUCACAAGUGCCAUUUUUCAGCGUCAGCGGCUCUGAAUUCGUUGAGAUGUUUGUCGGUGUCGGCGCGUCCCGCGUCCGAGAUCUAUUUGCUACGGCGCGCAAGAACGCCCCGUGCAUCAUCUUUAUCGACGAGAUCGACGCUAUCGGAAGAUCUCGCUCUGAGGGAGGCGGAUUCCGGGGCGGCGGCAACGACGAGCGCGAGGCUACGCUUAACCAGAUCCUCACAGAGAUGGACGGCUUCAACACGUCGGAGCAGGUGGUGGUUCUGGCUGGCACCAACAGACCUGACGUCCUCGACCAGGCCCUGAUGCGACCCGGCCGCUUUGAUAGGCACAUCAAUAUCGACAGGCCAACAAUGGCGGGCCGGAAGGACAUCUUCAAGGUUCACCUGGGCAAGAUUGUCACCGUGGAGGACAUGGAGUACUUGACAGGACGUCUCGCCGCUCUGACGCCGGGAUUCUCGGGUGCUGACAUUGCCAACGCGGUGAACGAGGCCGCCCUGGUUGCCGCUAGAGCUAACGCCGAUACCGUUGAGAUGAUACACUUUGAGCAGGCCAUUGAGCGCGUCGUUGGCGGUCUGGAGCGCAAGUCGCUGGUUCUCAGCCCCGAGGAGAAGAGGACGGUGGCGUACCACGAGGCUGGCCAUGCCAUCUGCGGUUGGUUCUUCCGAUGGGCCGACCCAUUGCUUAAGGUUUCAAUCAUCCCCCGUGGCCAGGGCGCCCUUGGCUAUGCCCAGUAUCUUCCCAGCGGCGAUGCGUACCUGAUGACGACCAACCAGCUCAUGGACCGCAUGGCCAUGACAUUGGGCGGGCGCGUCUCGGAGGAACUACAUUUCCCGACGGUAACCACGGGCGCAAGCGAUGAUUUCAAGAAGGUUACGCGUAUGGCAAGCACCAUGGUGACGCAAUGGGGCAUGUCGGAGAAGCUGGGCCCGCUGCACUUCCAGAACGACCCGAACUCGCUGCACAAGCCGUUUGCCGAAUCGACAGCCCAGACAAUUGACUCGGAGGUGCGGCGCAUCGUGGACGAGGCGUACAAGCAGUGCAAGGAUCUCCUAACAGCCAAGAAGAAGGAGAUUGGAAUCGUGGCUGAGGAGCUGCUGCGCAAGGAAAUGCUGACACGCGACGACAUGGUGAGGCUUCUGGGCCCCCGAGAGUGGCCGGAGAAGGCCGAGUUCGCGAAAUACUUUGGGCAAGAGGGAGGACCGCCACCCCCGUUCCCCACCGAGAGCACGGAUUCCCCGACUGAGCCCCAGCCAGCAAUCUUUGAAGAGCCGUCUGCGAAGCCCGAGGACGUAGCAAAGUGA